AUUGAUAUAAACUGUGAUGGUAAGCCAAUCACUGGAUCUCCGUUCACAUCCAAGGCAUUUGAUGCGAAAUGUGCGAAACUGUCGUGUGUCGAAGAGGCGGUUGUCGGUCGUCCCUGUACAUUCAUGAUCGAUGCGGCAAAAGCUGGUGCAGGAAAUAUGGAAAUUAUUGUCAGUGUUGAAAAUCGAAAUGUACCAAAUUUUGUACAGGCAGAAGGACAAGCGAAAUUCAAGGUUUCAUUCACACCUCAAGAAGCUAAAGAUCAUCAUAUAAGUGUUCGAUUCAACGGUGAACCGAUUCCAGGGCUGAAAAAAGAUUUCUUCCAAACAUGA